AUGGAUCCACACGCGACAAGCGUGGCCAGGAUCCGCAAACUUGACGAGUCAGUCGUGAAUCGCAUAGCUGCAGGCGAGAUCAUCAUACAUCCCGCUAAUGCCAUCAAGGAGAUGCUUGAAAACUCCAUAGAUGCGGGUUCAACCAUGGUGGACGUGUUGAUCAAGGACGGAGGACUCAAACUUCUCCAAGUUGCAGACAAUGGAGACGGAAUCGCUCGGGAGGACUUGAAACUUCUCUGUGAGCGAUUUGCCACAUCCAAAAUCGUCAAGUUCGACGAUCUUUCGCUGAUUGAAACAUACGGAUUUCGAGGUGAAGCCAUGGCCAGUAUCUCUCACAUUGGACGGCUCUCAGUGGUGACCAAGUCACGAAACUCUCCUUUGGCGUACAAGGCUUACUAUGUAGCAGGAAAAUUGGCCAACUCCCAUUUCAAAGUUGCUGGUUCCUGUGAGCCUAAACCGCAGGCUGGAAAAGAUGGCACUGUUAUUUCGGUGGAGGAUCUCUUCUACAAUUUCCCUUCCAGGCUACGAACAAUCCGAUCCAAGAGUGAUGAAUGGGCCAAAAUCCUCGACGUGGUGGGUCGCUACGCUGUUCACACUGACGGUGUAGGCUUCUCAUGUAAGAAGUUCGGAGAAUCUUUUGCUGCCAUUACCACAAGACCACAGGCUUCGCUCAAAGAGAGAAUACGGACUAUAUUUGGAACCCAGGUGGCUAGUGAGUUGAUCGAGUUCCGCUUUGAAGGCGAAGACUAUGGCGUUUCUGAACUCCGAGGUGCAGUGUCUGGAUUCAAUUACAACAACAAGCGAAAAACGGCCCCCGUUUUCUUUAUCAACAACAGAUUGGUUUCGUGCGAUCCAUUGCGACGUGCCAUGUCGUCAGUGUUUCAAGUGUUUUUGCCAAAAGGGAACCAUCCGUUUGUUUACCUUAGCCUACGUAUUGCGCCGCAGAACCUUGAUGUGAAUGUGCAUCCUACCAAGAAGGAGGUCAGAUUUCUUCACGAAGACGAGAUCAUCGAGUGGGUAUGCGGCCAUAUUCAUGAAGUGUUAGCCAACAAGGACAACGCACGAACAUUUAAGCAGAGCACUUUAAAAAGAGACAACGAGCAGGCUGUUGAUGAGGUGGUUACAAACGUUAAGAAGUAUCGCCAGGAGAAUAAACUUGUUCGGGUCGAUGUAAAACAGCCUAAAAUUAGCGCUUUUGCACGGACGGAUUUUCAGUCGAUUCUUAAAGGAGCAGCGAUGAAGGAGGAUGUGGAGGAAGAGAGGGACAAUGACACGGAGAGGAAUAACAAGGAAAAGAAUUACACGGAGAAUGAUAUUAUGGAAGACAAUGAUAUGGAGGAUAACACUGAUGAGAGGAAGGCUCAAAUCGAAAAUAAUGAAAGUAUUGACGUUCAUAUGGAUAUCGAUGAUAAUCCCGAAACGUCUAAACAUGGAAGUCCUAGCCAACCCAUUAAUUCUGUGAUAAAGUCUAUGACCAUUAGUAAUAGAGAUCACACUGAUAUUAACUUGGACAGCAUCUCCGAACUACGCCAAAGCAUAAAAGACUGUAUUGACAGGUCUUUGACAAACGUGUUCAACAACCUGGUAUAUGUGGGCAUUGUGGAUCCACGCAAGCGACUCUGCUGUUUCCAGUAUGAUGUCAAGCUCUUUCUCUGCGAUUACGGAGCCGUUUUGUCUCAUUUCUAUUAUCAGCUUGGGCUUAUUCAUUUUGCCAAUUUUGGCGAGUAUACAUUGGAUCCCAUGCCGCUUCGCCAGCUUUUGGAGCCGUUGUACGAUGCCCAUCCCAACUUGGAGGACAUUGAAAGAGUGGUCAAAAAUAUUAUGUCCAUGGAGGCUAUGUUCCUUGACUAUUUCCAGCUUGACUUUUCCAACGAAACGCUCUGCCAGCUUCCGCUACUUCUCUCCAAUGUGACACCGUCUGCUGCUAAAUUGCCUUAUUUCAUCUAUAGAUUGGGUACAAAGGUCAACUACACGGACGAAAAACAAUGCUUACACGAUAUUUUGCACCAGAUUGCUUUACUUUAUAUCCCUGAUCGCGUGGCAGAUGAUGUGGACGGCGAUGUGUCUCGGGACCACAUCAACUACAUUUUGGAGAGUUUCGUGUUUCCCGGCAUCCGCAAACACUUUUUGGCACCCAAAGCUUUAGCUCUGGAAGUCGUACAGGUAGCCGACCUCCCAGGACUUUACCGCGUAUUUGAAAGAUGUUGA